AAGGCGGAGCAGAAAGAGGAACAAGUUCCGAUACAAAACCGGAAACAAAACAAGUCUGUCAUGUGAUUUUCAGCCUUCAUUUCUUCAUUGUGACUUGUGCAAAGAUUAUUAGUUGUAGGGUCAGCUUAAAGAUUGAGACAAGCUGCCGGCCGGCCUGGGUUUCUCGAUAGUGCUGAGAGCAUGGCGGACGAUUUGAAGCGGUAUCUGUACAGACAGUUACAAAGUGUUGAAGGUCUUCAUGCUAUUGUAGUGACAGACAGGGAUGGUGUCCCAGUUAUCAAAGUUGCCAAUGACAGUGCCCCAGUCCAUGCUCUGAGGCCUGGCUUCCUGUCCACUUUUGCCCUGGCCACAGAUCAGGGCAGCAAGCUUGGUCUCUCCAAGAACAAAAGCAUCAUCUGCUACUACAACACCUACCAGAUUGUGCAGUUCAAUCGAUUACCACUGGUCAUCAGUUUCAUUGCCAGCAGCAACGCCAACACAGGUCUGAUCAUGAGUCUAGAGAAGGAGUUGGCACCGCUCAUAGAGGAACUGAGGCAGGUGGUGGAGGUGACAUGAGCUUUGGAAAAUGAGACGGCCCUGAGCACAACCACCUGUCUGGAUCGCACACUAUUCACAGAAUCUCUCUCUAGUGGUGCUUUGAUGUUCUGUAGGAAAAUCUGUGUAGCUAUUUUGAUAGUUCCAAGUAAUCACUUAUAACACCUUAGACCUGUUUACAUUAUGAUUGAAACUUCACUAUACAUUUUAUGUUCUGCUGACUUUGCUUUCAUCCAGUUUCUGUAUAAUUUAGGUGCACCUCCUCCGUGUUUUUACAGCUAAGUUUGUCAAAUCAAAUGUCAAAAAGUGAAUAAAUGUUUCACUUUAUGCACCUAAA